AUGUCUUUCAAAAAUGCCAAUGAGUAUUUCAAAGGCAACAAUUUCAUUGAGGAUUUGACGCACCAUCUUCUAGACAAAUUCUGCGACUGGAUUGAGUGGAGAAAAGACGGGAAAGACUCAAUUUUGGACAUUGGCAGCGGACCUGGAAAUUCUUUCCAUUCAACUAUGUUUUGUCGACUCCCGUCUAACUUCUCGAGACUUGUGCUUUCGGACAUUUCCAAGCCGAUGGUUGAGUUGCAAAAGAAAGAGUUUGAAGGAGUGAAUAAAGUGUCGUGUGAAGUUUUGGACAUUGGAUCGCCAAUUGAUGAAAAUCUCUUACAAAAGCUUGGAACUUUCGAUCAUGUGACUUCAUUCUACUGUUUAAUGUGGGUUAAAGAUCAGCAACAAGCCAUGGAUAACAUCUAUAAGUUGCUGAAGCCAGGAGGAAAUUGUUUUUUGUUAAUCGUGGCUGAUUGUCCAAUUUUUGAUGCAGUGUUAUCAGUUUGCGAAAAACCUCGCUGGAAGGACUACUUCAAAGGAUGGCAGGAUUUUUACGUUUACCCAUACAAGAAGGUUGAUGAAGCAAAAGCCAAGGGUUUAAGCUUCAUGGAAAAGGCUGGAUUUGUCGAUAUAAAAGCCGAAAUUGUUUAUUAUCCUUGGAAAUUUCGCUCUGAUAAGGAGAAAGAAUAUUUCCUAAGAGCAAUGCCGAAUAAAUUCUCAAAGAAUGUAACCGCGGAAGAAGAGGAGGAAAUAUUUCAAGAACGUCUUCAAUUCUUUGACAAAUUUAACCUUGGACAAUAUCGAGAUAAUACUGGGAAAAUUGAUAAGCCAAACUCUUAUUUGAUUCUGUAUGGGAAGAAAAGAGAAUAA